AUGAAGAUAAUAUUUGAUGAAAGCAGAUUCAAUGAGCCAGAACAUCAUGAUUGCCUGGUUAUUAUCUCCCUCCAUGUUGGUCAUUGCAAAAUGAAAAGGGUGCUGGUAGAUAAUGGAAGCUCGACUAAUAUAAUAUUCAGAGAUGCCUUAAAUCAAGUCAGGUUCAGAGAGUCAGAUAUCAUCAAGAGGUCUACGGUCCUCGUCAGGUUCAAUGGUGAAGCCAUGAAUGCCUUAGGAGAAAUCCAGUUGCCAACCUUGCUGAAGGGCGUCAAUAUGAUGUACAAAUUCUAUGUGAUAGAUUUCAAGACUGCUUAUAAUGUGAUACUGGGAACCCCGUGGAUCCAUAAAAUGAAGGCUUUCCCAUCAACCUAUCAUCAGCUGCUGAAAUUUCCAAGUCCGUGGGGGCAAUUACAGCAUAAUCCAACACCGGGACGCCCAGAUGAGUUGCAAUUAGAUGAAGUGGUGUUGGAUGAAUCCAAGCGAGAUCAGAUAGUCAAGAUCGGAGCAGCAUUACCUGCUGAUCAAAAGGAAGCCAUCUUUAAGUGCUUGAGGGAGAAUUCAAAUUGUUUUGCUUGGUCUCAUCAAGAUAUGAAAGGAAUCAGUCCAGAAGUCAAUUCUCACAAGCUCAAUGUAGAUCCCAGCAUGAAGCCACACACAAGCUGUGAGUGUUGUCUUGGCAAGGAAGCUGAAAGUCAGCAGUUACCUGUCUACUGUGAAAGCAAAACUCUCCUCAGUGCUGAAACCAGAUAUUCAUCACUUGAAAAGCUGACCAGAAAUGACAGGUUGAAUGAGCAAAUGGCCUGGGCAAUUGAAUUAAGUGGAUUCAACAUCAAGUAUGAGCCAAGAAUAGCUAUAAAGUCGCAAGCUCUGGCUGACUUUGUGGCUGACUUCAGCCCUAACCUAGAGCAGCAAGCAGCUCAAGAAGUAAAGCAGAUCACUCAAAUCGCAGACCCAGGAACCUGGACCUUGUACGACGAUUGA